GCCAUUCUGAGACCAUCUAUUGGUACUAUGAAUUUGGUUUAGCACUAACCAUUCGUCUCAAUGAACUAUUAGAGAAUGGACAGAAGAGAGUGCAAAAAAGGUUAAAUGACAAGUUCAUAGACAUUUCUAUUUCUCACCUG